AUGUUUGACCAAGUCUUUGAGCAUAAACUUCCCAUCUUAGCAUUCGCCGGUGUUGGCUUUUUGGCCGUGACUUGGCGUCUAACAUCCUUUCUCGUCGUCUUAGCACAGACAUUUGUGCUUAGCGGUACCAAACUCACCAAGUUUGGGGCAAAACGUGGCGCUUAUGCGGUCGUUACUGGUGCUACGGACGGUAUUGGGCGCGAAUUUGCCCUCCAACUCGCCAAAGCCGGUUUCGGGGUCGUCCUUAUCUCACGCACCAAGGAGAAGCUUGACGCGCUCGGAGACGAGAUUUCUGCCAAAUUCACGGUACCAACCAAGGUUCUUGCUAUCGACUUUGAGAAGGACGACAUUAGCAAGGAAUGCAAGCAGCUCAACCAAAUUCUCCAAGACGUUACUGUUGGCGUCUUGGUGAACAACGUUGGCCGCUCUCACGAGAUGCCCGUCUACUUUGCCGAAACUGAACGCCAAGAAAUCAAGAGCAUUGUCAAUAUCAACGUCAAGGGCACGCUCGCCAUCACCCAGACUGUCCUCCCAAUCAUGCUUGCCAAGAAAAAUGGCCUAAUCCUGAACAUUGGAUCCUUUGCAGGCGAGGUGCCCUCACCUAUGCUCGCUACCUAUAGCGGUUCAAAGGCUUUCCUUGCGGCCUGGAGCAAAGCUCUCGCAGAAGAAUAUAAGAGCAAAGGAAUUGCCGUACAGCUUGUCAACACCUUCUUUGUUGUCUCGAAAAUGUCCAAAAUUCGUCGCCCAUCGAUCACUACACCCACUGCUAACACCUUUGUCAAGUCUGUUCUCUCCCAUAUUGGCCAAUCAUGUGGUGCUAUUCAACGUCCGUUUACCUCGACACCGUUCUGGUCCCACUCUAUCGGAGAUUUCUUUAUUGGAUACAUGCGAACAUCUCUCGUCAUUUCUUAUACACACCGCCUUCAUGUCGAUAUCCGUCGCCGUGCACUCAACAAGAAGGCUCGCGAAGCCAAGGAGCAGUAG